UUUAGGUUUUACUUCAGUUGAUUUAAAUCGAAUUGGGCACAAAAAUGAUCGUUUCAUAAUGGCAACACAAGCCAAACUAGUUUUUUAUGUGAAUGAUCCAUCAGACAAGCAAUGGUCAGUCGUGGUUCCUACUCAACCGAUAGAUUGGAGAGACAAAGAGAAUGAUGUACAUGACUUACCACUCCUUCAACAACCUGUCACAAUUCCCGAACCACAGCUUACCGAAUACCCUAUUGAUGAUGGUGUAGAUGACGAUGAUAUUUGUUUGCGUUUUGAUGGUGACGAUGUAUGGGUUGAUCAUAUACUGUGAUAAAUGUUGACUUGUUUUUUCUUCUUCUGAAGAUAUUUCCAUGGCUGAUCCAGGAGGUUUUGAUGAUGAUUGUCCACUUCCUGGACUUGAUGAUGAUUGUCCACUUCCUGGACUUGAAAAUAAUGUUGGUCAGGAGGAGAAUGAUGACACUGCUAUAGUGCAUGUGAGAUCUGUUAGGGGACUAUGUACCAUGCCCGACAUAGCCAAAAUGCGAAGUGAAGGUGUUAAGGUACCGAUCAAGUUCAAUGAAUAUGGACAAGUGAUUGGUACAAUGAGAUCAAAAUUGGGAUCAAUGAUCGGAUCAACUAUCAAGAGGUGUGCUUCAAUCACACACGCGAGUUGGGAUAAAGUUCCUAAAUCAGACAAAGAAAAAUUUUGGGAAAUCAUUAAGGCUACAUUUGACAUAGACCAUAAAUCAAAAAGAAAAAUUAUGUCAAGGGCGGCAAAACGAUGGAGAUCAUUCAAAUCCCAUCUGACUAAGGUAUGCAUCUAUGAUGUACUUGAUGCAAAUCCGACCAUCAAGACGUUCAAUAUGCCAAGAGGUUACUCACAGUUGAUCACUAAAACAGAAUGGGAUGAGUUCUGUGUUUCACGCAUGACUGAUGAUUGGAAGAAAAUAAGAAAAAUACAUCAAGAUCGUCGAAAAAAAAAUAAACACAACCAUCAUAUGUCACGAGGUGGGUAUUUGUUGGCACUGGAAAGGCUGCAACAAAAAAAUUUUGGACUCGAGGUGUCUGAAAUCGACAGGUCACAGUUGUGGUUGGCGGGACAUUCUAACAAAAAGGGUGAGCCGGUUGGUACCGAGGCAACAAGCGUAGCUCGCAACAUAGUAAGUGUACUACAUUUUAUAUGAUUGGAUUACUUAUUUUUAAUGAGAAUAACUAUAUUUCUAUA